AUGAUACUGGAAUAUUCCAUUUCGUACCAAGACUGGGUAUACCUAAUGCCACUCGUACAAGCCAACCUAAAUCAUUCUCCAGUGCAAUCGUUAGCUGGGAAAGCUCCGAUAGUGGUUUUUACGGGGCUACCAUGCCCAAGUCCAACCUCGAGACUGUUUGUCCCCGGCUAUGACCCCAUCAACGUGGACACUUCAACAAACAGCAUUGAUGAGUCUAUGAGAGCUUUGAGGAUCAGUAUUGAGAAGAUGCAUCAAGAGGUGACAGACCAGCGCGGAAAAAGGACGUUGCUGAACAAGAAACGUGCAGAGGGUCAUCAGAUGGUAAAUUUUACUAUUGGUGAUUACGUUUUGAGAUCGAGGGUGGAUGUUAAGAAACAAAACAAAUUGUUGGUGACUUGGAUGGGACCGUACGUCGUCACAAAGCGCAACACUCACUCAUUCACUGUGAAGCAUCUCUUCACCGGCAAAGAGAGCAACGCCCAUGCCUCCCGCCUAAAGUUCUUUGCAGAGGGCGAUCUGGAGAUGACAGAGGAGCUGCGUGAGCAUGUUUCUGCACAAGGUGUAAUAUUGAAGGUAGAGGCUAUCCGCAAGCACCGUUGGAACCCUGACAUGCGUGACUUCGAGCUACUAAUCGGCUGGGAAGGCUUGGAACCUAUAGAGGAUUCCUGGGAGCCCAUGAAGGUCAUGCAUGAAGACAUAGAGGUGCUAGUUGGUUCCUAUGUGGGAAAUGCCAAGGAUAAGGAGCUCACAGAGCACUAUAACUGGCUGAAGGCGUGA